AUGGUUCGGGCUGAUGCAUCUGUAUGCAUCAAGGUAUUCAUAAAUGCCACGGCCGCACACUUUGGGUUUAGGCUGACAUACAGGAGGGUCUGGCUGGCAAAGCAAAAGGCCGUUGCCCACAUCUAUGGUGAUUGGGAUGAGUCGUAUAACGAGCUCCCUAGGUGGGUGUUAGGAGUUCAGUUGACGAUGCCUGGUACGGUUGCAGUCCUUAGGACAAGACCAGUUCAAGUUUGGGGACAGGUGGACGAGUCGCAAGCUUAUUUUCACCGACUGUUCUGGACGUUUCCACUAUGUAUCGAGGCAUUCCGUCAUUGCAAGUUGUUGGUCAGUAUUGAUGGCUCCCAUCUGUAUGGCAAGUAUGGCAGAACGUUGCUCGUCGCGAUAGCACAAGACAGGAACUCCAACAUUCUGCCUGUUGCAUUCGACCUGGUUGAGGGUGAGAAUGCCGAUUCCUGGUCCUUCUUCCUCUCCGACCUGCGUCAGCACCUGACCCCGCAGCCGGGACUGCUGGUUAUAUCAGACAUGCAUAACGGCAUCAAGGCCGCCCUUGAGGCUCCUGACGGAGGAUGGCUACCUCCAGCUGCCUACCGCGCAUUCUGGAUUCGACAUGUGGCAGCAAAUUUUGCCCUGACCUUCAAGGGCAAGGACGCAAGGAGGCUACUUGUGAAUGCAGUAUAUGCUAAGACCGAGGUGGAGUUCGACUACUGGUUUGAUAUUAUGCGGUCUGAAGACCCUGCCAUGUGUGAGUGGGCGAACCGGAUUGAAUAUUCUUUGUGGACACAACAUCGUGAUGACGAUCGGAGAUUUGGGCACAUGACGACAAAUAUCUCUGAGUGUGUAUAUUCAAUCCUGAAGGGGGUCAGGAAUCUCCCAGUGUGCUCGCUGGUCAAGGCAACUUACGGCAAGUUGGCCGAACUAUUCGUCCGCAAGGGGAGAGAGGCUGAGGCCCAGCUCGGCACCGGACAACAGUUCAGUCAACACCUUGUGAAGUGUAUCGAGGCCAAUCUGAAGACGGCGAGGUGCUUUACGGUGACUUUGUACGACAGAGAUAACUCAGAGUUCACCGUCGCGGAGACGACUCCUACUGGUAUGUUUUCACUGGGUACCUACAGGGUCUCACUUGCAAGUCAGACAUGUGAUUGCGGAUACUUUCAGGCACUUCAUUUCCCGUGUCCUCACCCCCUGGCGUGCUGUGCCUAUUCACGGCUUACUUGGCUGCCAUAUGUACACCAGGUGUAUCGUCUUAGCUCGGUGUUCAGUGUGUAUCGGAUGGGGUUCACACCUCCCAUUCCCGAGGGUUUCUGGCCACCAUACGAUGGGCCGACAGUGAUCCCAGACCCGAACAAGAGGCGUGCGAGGGUGGGACGUCCCAGGUCCACUAGGAUACAUACCACUAUGGACGAGACAGAUCCGAACAGGCCAAAGAGAUGUGGCCUAUGUCGGCAGCCCGGACACACACGUCAGGAUUGUCCACAGCUUGGAGGACCAAGCCAUACAGGACCACAUGAUUAG